CUGCGUCGCCAUUAGUGGGGAAGUAAAUUGAAGCGGUGGCAGGUGGCUCUUGGCCGGCUCGUCGAACCGAUUCGCUCACACUUCAUCUCCGAGCGCCGGCUCCCGCGGUCGCACUGCUCCUAAGCCCACAAUUACCCGCGUCUUGUUCACCGAUAUUUGCCGAUUUUUCGGAUUCGUUUAGCGGGCAAGCAUAUCACAUAUAGCCGCAUAGCACUCGAUGUGUAAGGCAGGAGCUCGCCAAGUGCAGUACAGCGUGCGAGGGAAAAGCGAAUGAAAAAAACUGUUCGGAAAAGCGAGCCCCGAGUCUUGGAGGGUCGAACUGCGGUCGGACGCCAAAGUGCCGGGACGCGUGAAUCGGAAAAUUCGCCGAUUGAUCGGCAACGCGAGCGGUCGUAGCGGGAGAAUCGUCGUGCGCGGGGCAAAAGUGGACCUGCAUGCGUUCAAAACUACCCCUACGAUUACGGACUACCUCGUCGUACGGCCGCAUCGGCAACGAGCACGCAACGCGAAAAUCGAAGGGCAAAGGGCACCUUUUGUUCCUGCAGUGCUCCUACUCGAGUGUCCGCCGGUCCAGCGACGCGAGAACGCCGCGAGCUCUUGUCUGACCUCCGAUCACGCUUCGGCUUUCAUUUGGAUUUGACGUUUCUCCUCCUCUGACCCUUCGAGCGAGCGCAAAACCUAGCCCCGCCGUCGAGCAGCCGAAGGAGGAGAGCAGCGCAGAAUCAGCAGGAAGCCCAGUCGAGAUCGCGAAGAAACAGCCCGCCUGCCAUCCCCAGGACAACAACCGUCACUCCGUGCGAGUCCACGUUUAGAGCCUGUCCAGCGGUCGAGCUUUUUUUGCCCACACAGGUCCAACCAACCGCGCCGACAUCGUAGGAUGGUAGAAGGUGAACCCGAUUCAAAGCACAAUCAUAAGGGUGAUGUAAAAGACGAUCGCCUGAACGGCUGCGGUUCAAAGGACCUAGAGCUCGCGCGCAUCGGGUCAAAGGCCAAAACCUUAGAUCCGGAGAAAGCGCCAGAUACCAAGACUAUCAAAGCUGACUUUGAGCAGGCGAUCGAACUAACCGAAUAUGGCAAGUUUCACUACUUCCUGCUGGCGGUGUGCGGCUUCGUCAGCACGAGCGAGGAGAUGGACGUGAUUUCCAUGUCAUUUAUCCUGCCGAGUGCACAAUGUGACCUGAAACUCGACACCCAGGCAAAGGGCUGGCUCAACUCGAUAAUAUUCAUCGGGAUGAUGGCCGGGGCCUACGCCUGGGGCUCGGUGGCCGACGCCCUCGGGCGCCGCAAGGUCCUCAUCGUCAUCUCGUUCAUGAACGCCCUCUGCAUCGUCGCCUCCAGCUUCAGCCAGUCCUACGAGCUGUUCAUGUUCUUCCGUUUCCUCAACGGUGCCGCCCUUGGUGGUAGUGGACCGGUGAUCUGGUCGUACUUUGCAGAGUUUCAGCCAAAGUCCAAACGAGGCUCGAUGCUGUCGUUCAUGGCCGCCUUCUGGACCUUGGGCAACUUGUUCGUGGCAGGGCUCGCGUGGCUGAUCAUCCCAACGGACAUCGGCUUCAAAAGCGCGUUCUUCACGUACAACUCCUGGCGAAUCUUCCUGCUGAUCUGCGCUGCUCCCUCCUUCGUCGUGGCGGGGCUGCUUUUGCUGCUCCCCGAAUCCCCCAAGUACCUACUCUCGCGUGGAAGAUAUGACGAGGCCCUCGACAUCUUCCGCAACAUUUACGCCAUCAACACUGGCAAACCUCGUGACACCUACAUGGUGAAGGAAUUGAUCCUCGACGAUCUGCAAGUCGAGAAUAAUUCGGUAAAGCCCGGCACGGACGCCGGCCCGGUCAAGAGCAAGUUCAAGGUGAUGCUGAGCGACAUUAUGGACAACAGUCGUCAGCUGUUCGUCUCGCCGAUCCUGCGUUUCACCCUCGUCUCGAUCUUCAUCAACUUUACCUUCCACAUCGGCUACUACGGGCUGAUGAUGUGGUUCCCGGAGCUUUUCAAUCGGUUCGAUGAGUUUCACCGCGAGCAUCCCAAUCAGUCGGCCAGUGUGUGCGAUGUCACGGAUUACGUGGUCAACAAGGGCUCGCACAGCAGUGAAAACUUUUGCACCGAUAAAAUCGGCCAGUCCGUUUUCAUGGAGUCCCUCAUUACUGUCGCCUCGGCCAUACCGGCCAACGUGCUGGCCGUGCUCUUCAUGGACCGUCUAGGCCGCAAGUUCUUCUUAGUUUUCAGUACAUUGUCGUCGGGUGCGUGCUCGAUCGGGCUGUACUUUGUUUACAACAAGUACCACAAUCUGAUAGUCUCGGCGGUGUUUAGCGGUGUCAUUAGUUGCGGCAACGCGGCUCUCGACUGCCUCAUCACCGAAGUCUUUCCCACGAAUUUGCGCGCAACCGGUAUCGCCAUAUCAAUGGUGGCCGCACGUCUUGGCGGCAUCAUCGGCAACAUCGUCAUAGCCCAGUUGCUCGACCUCUACUGUCCGGCACCCACCUUCAUCGUUGCCGUUCUUCUCAUUGGAGGUGGAUUGCUCUGUUUAUUCUUACCGAAUACCACGCGCGAGCCACUCUCUUGACAGGACCAAUGCCACCAGGAUUGCACGGAGAAGAGAGAGAAGCAGCAACGUUCCGUCAAACAAACCAGUUGCAUCACGCGUCGUCGUCGUCGUCGUCGAAAUUCAUUCGCGCCCCUUGGCAGUAGAACCCACGUACGGAUUUUGUUUAGUUCAUAGAUUAUAACAACAACCACGCCUACGCAGCGAAUCAAAAUCUUUUCCAUUCUUUUUUGCUCUCGUACUUCGUUAUCUGCGUUCAUCCCUGUGUACAAGCUUUUAUUAUUCUCUGCCCUGGUUAUUGAACCAUCUUUUUUGUUUGUUUUAUUAUUACCAGCUUCUUUAAUCUUAAGCCUCCGUAAACAGAUUGUUGAUUUUGUAAUUUUUAAUUUUAAGAAAGUACAAACCGUUUAAAAAGGAUUUUUAAUAUCAGUUUUCCGUUGAUUUGUGUUAUUACCAAAAAGGUGCGCGCGAGUGAAUGGAGCGCGUGAUCAUUUUUUAAGCCGUUUUGAUUUUGUAAAUUGCGAAUUGAAAUAUUGAUUACAAAAAGUAUGUAGGUACGUGUUAACAAUCAAAAAUUUACGUAUCCAAAAGUAAACAACUGUUGAAUCGUAUUAUCCGAACGAAUGUCUAUCUAUGGGCUGAUAAACAGGACUUUAUAUAUACGCGAAGAUUUAGAUUUUGUUUCUCAAGUAUUAUCACAUUCAGUAACUUUAUCAUUUGUAGCAACAUCACCUACAGACGUGUUAUUUAAUUUUUACAUUUCAUCAGUUUUUGUAUUAUUAAUUCAUUAUCUAAAUCAUUUCCUAUGGUUUUAAAAAGUAGCAUAAGAAGUGUCUGAAAUGUAUUUUAACGAAAAUUAUUUUUGAUACAUGGAACUACAGCAGGUUGUCAUAACUUUAUAAAUAUUGUAUUGUGUUUAAAGUCACAAGACAUUUCCUAUAUCAGAGUUUGAAAAUUAGUUGAUAAAUGCACUCGUCUACAUGAGAUCAUUACUUUUAAAUGCUGAAACAAAGUAUUACACUGCAUUCGAGUCUUGCAUAGAGACUUCAUUGUUUAUUUACCGUGCAGGCUUAUGAAAACAAUUUUUGUAGUGUGUAAAAUAAUUGUUAAUCGUUGAAAAUUUGUAGUUACUUCUUAAGAUGUUGUUAUUGAUUAAAAGAGACAUGAUGAAAGUACCAUUAUUAGGGCCCAGCUUGCCCAUUUAUAUAGUAAGAUAUAUAAUUGCACUAUUAAUUUGUACUCAUUAUUAGAAUACUCAAGUGAAAAAUAAAAAAAUGAAGACUUUAAAAGAAAAAAA